AUGGAAAGCUAUAAGGGAUUAAACUUUUCAGCCUCAAAGGAAUCAGGCAGCAAUUUUUAUAAAAAGGAUGAACAUUUUUUAAAUGUAAAAUAUGUAAAAGAAGAGGAUUCAAAUUGUGUUUACUCAAAUUAUGAGCAUACAGAAGUUGAAGUAAAAAAGGAUAUAAAAAAUGGAGUAGUAGAAUGUAAGCAAGUUAAAAAUAAUUAUAAAAUUCUUACUGAAAAAAUAAAAGCAAAAAAAUUAGGAAUAUUAAUAAUUGGUAUUGGUGGAAAUAAUUCAACAACUAUGUUAGGAGGUAUAUGUGCAAAUGCAAAAAAUAUAACAUAUUUAGAUAAGUAUGAAAAAAAGAAACCAAACUAUUUAGGUAGUAUCCUUUUAUCAUCUAACAUUAGAUUAGGUUAUGAUAAAAUUGAAAAAGAACAUUCUUAUUGCCCUAUAUAUAAUAUAGUUGAAUUAUAUAAUCCAGAAAAUAUAGUUUAUGGUGGUUGGGAUAUUAAUAAUUUAAAUUUAAAAGAUUGUUUAAUUAGAAAUAAAGUUUUUGAUCGUGAUUUAGUUGAAAAAAUAAAAGAUGAUUUAGAUUAUGUACCUUUAAAGAGUGUAUAUUUUAAAGGGAAUUUUAUUGCUGCUAAUCAACAAAAAAGAGUAAAUAAUAUAUUAUUUGGAAAAAAUAAAUUAGAAAUUUUAGAACAAGUUAGAAAUCAAAUUAAAGAAUUUAAAAAACAAAAUCAAUUAACAGAUGUUAUUGUAUUAUGGUCAGGUAAUACUGAAAGAAAUAUACCACAUAUACCAGGAAUUAAUGAUACUGUUCAGAAUAUAUUAUUAGCAUGCCAAAAUAAUCAUGAAUCUAUUUCACCAAGUAUUAUAUAUGCUUUAGCAUCUGUUUUAGAAAAUUGUCCAUUUAUAAAUAGCAGUCCUCAAAACACUUUAGUAAAUGGUGUUGUUCAAUUAGCAGAACAAAAAGGAAUAUUCAUAAUUGGAAAUGAUUUAAAGACAGGUCAAACUAAAAUGAAGAACCUUCUUUUGGACACUUUCUUUGGAACAGGAUUGAAACCCAAAAGUAUUGUCUCGUAUAACCACUUGGGAAAUAACGAUGGAAAGAAUCUUUCAUCAGAUAGCCAAUUUUAUAGCAAAAAAGUUUCUAAAAGUAAUUUGAUAUGUGAUUAUGUAAAGGCUAACGAGAAUAUGUUUGUUGAUGACAAUUUCGAAGAUGCAUACACAAAUAAAGAUAAUGAUUAUUGUAAAGGAGAUAGCUUAACACAAACAGAUGUAGAAUGUGAAGAAAUGAAAAAUGGAUAUAAUUAUUCAGAUGAUAUUGAAAAACAAAAAGUCAAUAGUGAAAUUGUAAUAAAAUAUAUUCCAUAUGUAGGAGAUGAUAAAAAAGCUAUGGAUGAAUAUAUUAAUGAAAUAUUCAUGAAUGGUAAAAAUAUAAUAUCUUUAUAUAAUGUUUGUCAAGAUUCUUUAUUAGCUUCUCCAAUUUUAAUUGAUCUUAUACUUCUUGUUGAAUUAUCACAAAGAGUUUAUUUUAAAUCUGAUAAAAUAAAUGAAAAGGUAUCUGCAAAUAAUACUACACCAUUAGCUAGUACUAUUAAAGUUGGUAGUUAUGAAUUAAAACAUGAUAUGUUAAGUAAUAAACAUGAUGGUUAUAGAAAAAUGGAUAGUGUUUUAUUUCUUUCAAGUAUUUUUUGCAAAUCUCCUUUUAAUUCUAAUGAAUAUAAAACCAGACAUUCAUUCUUUUCACAAAUUGAGAGUUUAUUAAAUUUUAUUCGAAUAAUAUCUGGUCUUCCUAUAGAUGCACAUAUAGAUCUUUCCUACAUGGUGUAG